AUGGCUUCCGCUGCGCUGCCGGCGGCCGUCGAGCCCGGGAAGAAGGGCAACGUCAAGUUCGCCUUCGCCUGCGCCAUCCUCGCCUCCAUGACCUCCAUCCUUCUCGGCUAUGAUAUCGGAGUGAUGAGCGGUGCGUCUCUGUACAUCAAGGAGGACCUGCGAAUCACCGACGUGCAGCUGGAGGUCCUGAUGGGCAUCCUCAACGUCUACUCGCUCAUCGGCUCCUUCGCGGCGGGGCGGACGUCCGACUGGAUCGGCCGCCGCUACACCAUCGUGUUCGCGGCGGUGAUCUUCUUCGCGGGCGCCUUCCUCAUGGGCUUCGCCGUCAACUACGGGAUGCUCAUGUUCGGCCGCUUCGUCGCCGGGGUCGGCGUGGGCUACGCGCUCAUGAUCGCGCCUGUGUACACGGCCGAGGUGUCCCCCGCGUCGGCCCGUGGCUUCCUGACUUCCUUCCCGGAGGUGUUCAUCAACUUCGGCAUCCUUCUGGGCUACGUGUCCAACUACGCCUUUUCUCACCUCCCGCUCCGCCUCGGCUGGCGCGUCAUGCUCGGCAUCGGCGCGGCGCCGUCCGUCGUGCUCGCCCUCAUGGUGUUGGGCAUGCCCGAGUCGCCCCGGUGGCUCGUCAUGAAGGGCCGCCUGGCGGAUGCCAAGGUGGUGCUGGGAAAGACCUCCGACACGCCAGAGGAGGCCGCGGAGAAGCUCGCCGACAUUAAGGCCGCCGCCGGCAUCCCCCCGGAGCUCGAUGGCGACGUGGUCGCCGUGCCCAAGAAACAGAACAACGACGAGGCGCGGGUGUGGAAGGAGCUCAUCCUGUCCCCGACCCCGGCCAUGCGCCGCAUCCUCCUCUCGGGCCUCGGCAUCCACUUCUUCCAGCAGGCGUCCGGCAUCGACGCCGUGGUGCUCUACAGCCCGCGCGUGUUCAAGGCCGCGGGCAUCACCAGCUCCAACCAGCUCCUGGGCACCACCUGCGCCGUGGGCGUCACCAAGACGCUCUUCAUCCUGGUGGCCACGUUCCUACUCGACAGAGUCGGCCGGCGGCCGCUCCUCCUGAGCAGCGUGGGCGGCAUGAUCGUCUCGCUGGUCGGCCUCGCCGCCGGGCUCACCGUCAUCGAGCACCACCCGGACGGCAAGAUCCCAUGGGCCAUCGGCGUGGCCAUCGCGUCCACCAUGGCCUACGUGGCCUUCUUCUCCAUCGGCCUCGGUCCCAUCACGUGGGUGUACAGCUCCGAGGUGUUCCCGCUGCACGUGCGCGCGCUCGGCUGCGCGCUGGGCGUGGCGUCCAACCGCGUGACCAGCGGCGUGAUCUCCAUGACCUUCAUCUCGCUGACCAAGGCCAUCACCAUCGGCGGCGCCUUCUUCCUCUACGCCGGCGUCGCGGUGCUCGCGUGGGUGUUCUUCUUCACCUUCCUCCCGGAGACCCGCGGCCAGACGCUGGAGGCGAUGGGCAAGCUGUUCGGCGCCACCGACGACGAGCUGAAACCCCAGGACGGGGCCACGAAAGACAAGAAGCUCGAAAUGGCCGCCACCAAGUAA